AUGAAGGCAUCUUUCGUCACCCUCCUCGCUGCCCUGGCCACCUCGGCCGUCGCCGCCCCUGCUGGUGGUCUCCCCGUUGUCGGCAGCAUCACCAAGACUGUCACCGAGGGCGCUUCUAGCUCCUCUUCCUCCGCCUCCACCACCCCGGUGGCCUCCACUGGCGCUGACGGCCACAUCGUCAAGGAUGCCGGUCACGGUGUCCACCAGACCCUGACCGUCACCGGACCUAACGCUAAGAAGCUUCUCAUCGAGCUCAGCCCCGAGGUUGCCGGUCUUCUGUCCGGUCUUGGUCUCCCCGGCGUUGGCGCCUCCGUUGGCUCCAUCGUCAAGACUGCCGGCAACGUCGGUGACCUCCUGAAGGACCUUGGUCCCGUUGUCGAUGGCCUCCUGACCGUUGUCUCCAAGGAUGCCGGUGCUCUCCUCAUCAAGCUCUCUCCUGAUGUUGCUGGUCUCCUCUCCGGCCUUGGUCUGCCCGCUCUCGGCACCCCCGUUGGCUCCGUCGUUGCCACCCUCGGCGAGAACCUCAAGCGCUCUGCUGACGGCAAGAUCGUCGAGGACGCUGCCCCUAAGGUCAAGGACGUUCUGGAGGUCACUGGCCCCGACGCCAAGCGCCUGCUCGUCCAGCUCAGCCCUUCCGUCGCCUCCCUCCUCGCCAAGCUUGGUCUCCCCGGUGUUGGCACCUCCGUCGGUGAGGUUGUCAAGACCGCUGGCAACGUCGGUGAUCUCCUGAAGGACCUCGGCCACCCCGUUGAGCAGCUCCUGACCGUUGUCGGUAACGACGGCUCUCACCUGCUCAUCAAGCUCUCCCCCGACGUCGCUGGUCUUCUCACUGGUCUCGGUCUCCCUGCUCUGGGUACUUCGGUCGGCUCCGUGGUCGCCACCCUCGGCAAGAACCUGUAA